AUGAACCAGCGCACUAAGCUCCGUACUCUGUGUAAAACACGUUGGUCCAGUCGGGCAGACGCUAUUGAAACUUUCAAGAAUGAGUUCCCUGCAUUGAAGACAUUACAGGCGGAUGCCGACGAAAAGGCAGGGCAAUAUCUGGCCGCCAUAUUGCGUUUCAAAUUUAUAAUUGCGCUCCUUGUGACGGAACACAUUCUGAGUAGCACCGAUCCCCUGACAAAUCUCCUACAAAAGCAGGUCAACGACUCGUUGCAUGCUGUGUGUGAAACGCGCGUAGUUAUUAAGCUGUGCAACGAUGAAAGGGCUGAUCAGUAUGUUUGGGAUGCUCUAUACGACAAGGCCGUAGAUGUAAGCGCCGAUUUUGACAUUCAACCAUCAAUGCCGAGAAGAGCUGGUCGACAGCAGAACAGAGCUAACCCUGAUGUCCAAACGGUGUCUGAUUACUACAGGGUCACUUUGUAUAAUGUUUUCCUGGACCAUUUAGUUCAGGAAAUGGAAACUCGCAUUCUGGGUAAUGAAGAUCGGUAUUGCGCGCAACACUUAUUGCCUUCCAAACUGGCUGACCUGCGGGAUAAUAUACUGCCGACAAUAUAUGCCGCAUUUGCCCCCGACCUUCCUCAAACAUACGAGACAUUCAAGUCGGAAAUUGCUAGAUGGAGAGUUAGAUGGAGUAUGACAGACAUAAAGGCUUCAAGACUCCACGACACCCUACAGCAGACGUGCAAGGACUUGUUUCCUUGCAUUUGUACCAGCAUCGGGGUUCUUUUGACCAUGCCACCGACGUCGGCCACAUGUGAAAGGUCAUUUAGUGGUAUGAAACGCAUAAAGAACUAUUUGCAAACAACAAUGACGUCUGACAGGCUGUCUUCGUAA